CUCAGGUUACUGACAGAACAAGACCUUCACUCCUCUUUGUUCUGCACUGCUCGUGAACGUUGGGCGGCAAACUGCUAAUUGGCGGUGUGAAUGCUUCUCGCUUGGACACUCUAUCGCGAAACAUCAUCAUAUGGUGUAACUCAGCAUAUAACCAAGCAUUGUUUUGAGCGAGCUAUUCAACAGCACUAUGGAGGAGCAUGAAAUAAUCCCAAGCCCACAUAUGUUCGGCGAUCCGCUCGAGAUGUACAAAGAACGACCCUUCAAGAUGCUGAGGCUACGCUUUGGGCAGCCUCCUUCACGUAAGACGUCUUCCGCACACCCUUCCUCAAAGCCAGCAUGGGAGCGCAAGCAUGCCCGUGUCUCCACACGCAUGCGCAGGGAAAUUUGCAUUUACAAACAAGACCAUCCAAAUGCGACGCACGAAGCAAUUGCUCGCCUAUUCAUGGUGGGAAGAACCACUGUAGGCCGUGCGCUGAAGGACAAGGAUAGGUGGUUGAGUCCGGGAACUGUUGUAUCCGACAAGUAUCAUAGAUUGUGUUUUCGCCGCUUCGGCGAUCUAGAGAGCAAUUUAAGGCGAUGGGCGAACGGACGUUUUCGCGAGAAGAAGCUCAUUAAGAACAAGGACAUUAUGACUGAGGCCAAAGGAAUUCGUGAGAGGUCUGACAGUACAGUCAAAGGUGUCUUCAAGGCGAGCAAAACCUGGCUCAGGAACUUCAAGCGUCACCAGGGCAUUGCCAAGGGAAUCAUUUUUGCCAAUGCUGAGAUGUACGAAUGGUCGGCCGCCUUUGGUUUUGCAAGUACAGAUCCGCAAGCUGUCUCCAAUAUUUUCGCAGAUAUAGGUGACAAGUUACCGGAGAGUCUGGACGUUCUUCGAGAGGAGAAUGCAACCUACACACCACCAGAUAUCUCCAGCCUUUUCCCUGAAGCGGCGGGUCUUCGUAUCGUUGACCUGGCGGAGCUAUCAGCCAUGAUCCCGCGCACCCCGACACCUGAGCCGGAACCCUCCACUGUGACAGAACGCAGCCCCGGGCGGAUCGUACACUCUAUCGUAGAUCUCGCCGUUCUCGCAACUGCCAUCUCUCGGACUCCAACUCCAGUACCCCUGGCUGAGUCUCCGGCUGUGGCGGCGCACCCCGUUCUUGAUAUCAACGCAUUUGCAGUCACGACGCCUCGAGCACUGUCACCAGCCGAUCAUGCCACAUCUUCUCCCUUACCUACAAACGGUUCCAAGAUUGCAGCCUCCCACUCUUCGGUCGACCAGCGGGCACCCGACUCAGCGAUCUCGAGGUUUCCUUCUCCUACGCAGACAGGACCUGCGAUACACCCUGCGUCCGGUCUGCAAGCACUUGCGAUGGCUGCUUCGCUCGUUCAAUCAUCAUCCUUGUCUCAUUUUGAGGAUCUGCAUCCUGCAUCUCAGGAAGCCCGUAAUCCAUACUCGUCUCUCGAGCAGUUAUUCAGCGCGUCGGCUCCAGAGUCACAUGCGAGGUUUGAGAGGCGUCGGACCGAGUCCUCGCCAAUUCCUGACGUCCUCGCCGGCCGUCCAGAAGGAAGGGUCUUGGAGCCCUUAGUUGAUGCGCGCGAGGCGUUGCGAUACUUGGAGCAAGUCAUGACCUUCAUCAGUACGGGAGAAGUGAACUUGUUGCCGGAUCACCGCGAUCAUCUUUCCGUCGUGCGACAGGUUCUUGCCUCGGAAGCCGAGAAGGCUACAACAAACUAGUGCGAGCUGGCCGAGUAUAUUCCUUUGUCAUGCAUAUUUCAAGGUGGUGCUCGUGCUUGUGCGUCCGGUAAAGCUUGUAAUCGCGUUUUAUUUCGUCAGGCUUCGUGAAGUACCAUCUGUGUAUAAUCUGCGAGGGGAGGUCUAUCGAUAUUGAUUGUGCCGUAAAGGACAGUAGUGCGCUUAUCAAUGACGAGUUAGAUCAGUCUAGCCUUCGACUACGUGGCUGGCCAUCCGGCCUUCCACUGCUUCAGGCUGCUUCAGGACGCUCUUUACGACAUCGCUAUGAGUCUGCAAUGAUUGACGCCCUGGUUUGGUUACAGCAGAAUAUGUGAAUUUGAUAACUUUCGUCGACUAUACAAUCUCGACU